GGAGAAUGUCUUGUUCUCAGCAAUUCCUCAGAUGAGUUAUGAUAUUGGUGACUGUUGUAAGUGUCUGCGAGGGCGCUGGCAGCAGCCCUUUCAAGUGCCAGCUCCUGAAGGGCCGCCCUUCUGUCAAACAGUCUCCAAGGAACUGGGAACAAAAAAAAGAAACCGAAACCUGCCUGCUCACCCGCGCGUCUCCAGUGCCUGCACUUCGCAGGCUUCGGGCUUCCUGCAGCCACCGAGGGCACGUCUCCGCCAUGGCGUCAGUUUUGAAUGUGAAGGUAUCCAAAGCUCCUGAAAGAACGGUUGUAGUGGCUGGUGUUCCGGUUGGUCUUCUUAGUGAUCAGUUCUUGGCCUUAUUAGUGAAGAGGCACUUCCAAGAUAUCAAGAAUGAAGGUGGAGAUGUUGAAACGGUGAUAUAUCCAUCAAGAACCAAGGGAGUUGCAUAUGUAAUAUUCAAAGACAAAAAAGUUGCAGAGAAUGUCGUCAGACAAAAGAAACACCUACUAUCAAGGCAGGCUGGAUAUGCUCAGCUCACAGUGUCUCAUUUGGGGGAAGAGGUCUUCAGCUCCGUAAAUGCUACCCUUGAUCUUUCUAUUUUUCGGGGUCAAGUUACUCUAGAGAAUCUGGUAAUGGACUUGAAAAAGAAAAUUCCAACGUUAAGCUUCAGUCCUUUGGCACGCAAUGGAAGAAUCUCCGUGAAAGGAUCAUUUCUGGCUAUCGAGAAGCUCAAAGAAUCUUUGCUUUUAAAAGCAAGAUCUCUUUUAGAAAAAAAAGGAGAUUUUACUAGGGAGGAGAGAAAGUGGAAUAGGCAAAGCCCCCAAAGGAAUCUACAGAAAAAUCCUAACUCUUUACAGUCACUCAGGACCUCAGUACCUGAGACUGCUAGCAGCAGAGAAAUGCUUACACUUGACACGAAUGUUUUUCUUUACCUGAAACACAAGUGUGGAUUUUAUGAAAGCACACUGAACAGAUACUAUGUUCUAAGUCAGGAGAGAGCAGACGGGGAAAUCACUACAGUUUGUCUACAGAGUGUUCCAGGGUGUUCUCAGCUAAGCAAUGUAGAAUAUGUAAAAAAGCUCAUUGAAGAAUGGUCACACAGCCUGCACUUACAGCUUAGAAAAGAGACAUUUAUGCUGGAAGGAAGGGAAAAUAGAGAGAAAAGAAUGAUUAAGAUGGCAUGCGAACAAUUAAAGUUGAAGUACCUUAAGGUUCUGGUUAACUUUUGUGGGACACAUGUUGACAUCAUAGGAUCUUCUUCUGACACUUACCUAUUUAAAAAAGAGGUCAUGAAAUUAACAGGGCAAAAGGUUAGUUAAUAAAAAUCUCAGCAGUAGUAACGAUAAUGGUUGCUUUCCAUUGCUGAGCUGGGACCAUGCUGUAUAUGAGGCUGGCUUUACACGCCUUAUCUCAUUAAUCCUUUUGACCAUACUUCAUUGUGAUAGGAGAAGAAACUAGGAUUUGUAGAAGUUAAAACACUUAAUCUGAAGUUAUCCAACUGAUGAGAAAUAUGUCUGGGGCUUAACCCAGUCUAUUUGAUUACAGAUAUAUCUAAGAAAUAAAACUGAAAAAGACUCAGCAAACUUUGAAGGAUUUUUUUUCUGUAUAACUCUAAAUUAUUAGAAAAAGAAGUAGCCUUAACAUAUGGAAAGUCUGGGUGAUUAUUUUUAGAGUGAUGUGGUGGCGGUAAGUAGUUGUCAAAAUAAUUGAAAAGAGCAAAUAUGGGUGGCGCCUGUGGGUCAAUGGGUAGGGCAGUGGCCCCAUAUACUGAGGGUGGUGGGUUCAAACCUGGUCCCCGCCAAAUUGCAACAAAAAAAUAGCUAGGCAUUGUGGCAGAUGCCUGUAGUCCCAGCUACUUGGGAUGCUGAAGCAAGAGAAUCACCUAAGUCCAGGAGUUGGAGGUUGCUGUGAGCUGUGAUGCCAUGGUACUCUACUGAGGGCGAUAAAGUAGACUCUGUCUCUAAAAAAAAAGAAAAUCACUGGUCAUCAACCCUGCCUAACUUCAUUAUUAUGGCAUUGGCAAUUUCUUAACAUUUACAAAGUUUGCAUUUACUCUAUAUAGAAUUAGAGUACUGGCAGAAAUCACUUAGGAAACUACUUAGAUGAAAGGUAUUUCUGAUUCAAGUAAUAAUUACUGGAGUAAGUUCCAUUGCUGGCAAGGCUGCUGGACAUGGGGGACAUUUUUGCUACUACUGUUGUCAAAACUGCAAGGAAAUUUUGGUCUAGGUACACUUACUUGUUGCACAAAUGUAACAGACAUGGCCUGGAAAAAAAUGGUAAAAAUGGUUUUUAUCUCUUCAAAACCCCCUUACCCUUUUUUAAGAGAUAAAACCUACAUCCCUGCCUCAGGACAGCAGUCUGGAGAAGCAGGGGAAUGUCUUUUGUUCUUUUGGCCAAUGAGAUAUAUCAAGGGAAUCAUCUUACCUGAGGAUGAGAUCCAUCUGGGCAGAGGCCACAAGAUUAUCUUUAUUUUAACCCAAAAUGGAAUUAUAGGGGUUAAUCAGAACAUUGAAAAGGGCUGUGCUUCUUUUUAGAGAGGGGAUGCUGGUAUUUUUGAGAUGAGUCUGCCAGCCUCCUUGUUUGCCAGCAAAUUAAUAAACUUCUCUUCAAACUGCGUAUCCCCAUU